GCACGGCAAACAAUUAUCUGUUAUCGUUAUCGGGGCAGGCAGAAAUAUUUAAAACGUCAAAAGUUUUCACUAAAUGUUUUAAAUUCUUCGAUUCAAACGCACAGUCUUAGAUGGUGGAGGUAAAGGAGCACCCAAUGGACAACUGCCAGCUGUUUGUGCAGCUGCGCAACCUAUUUCAGGCCUACGAUAGCCAGACCAAGCGCCUGAACACAUUCCUCUACUGGAGCGGCAACGAGGAGCGCAUCGAUGAAUUAUGUACACAAGUCGUCCAACUGCUGGUGGAGCAUGAACUGGUGAUCCAGAAGCCACAUGCCAAACGCCCAAAUGAGCUGCAGACACUGCCGACCGGCCCUGAGGCCAUAUCGCACCUGCGCGGCGUCCUCAUCCUAUUGCUGGUCAACACGGCGGCCAUUACCAACGGCAGUCAGUCCCCGUGGAGCCUGCAAUGUCAGCAUUUGUGCCAGCAGUUGCCCCAAAUGCCACAGUUCCUCACCGUGGCCAUUGCCAUGCGCUGUGGUCUCCAGCAGCCGCUGCUGGAGUUCCUCGAGUGCGGCCCCCGCUGGGCCACAGCUCAGUAUUAUGGUUCCCUCAACGAAGCCUUGGGCCAUGUCUCUCCAGAUCGGAUGGACGCCUUGACAUGGAUUUCGGGCACUUUAAAGGCCGCCGGUCGUGCGGAUAUUGCAGAUAUGAAUGAGAUCCUGGUCCGCGAGAUGGGCAGGAUGCUGCAGCGUCACUUGCUCGACUCGGCCGAACGCCUCCAGGAGCUGCGGCCAACGCCACGCAAGGUGUACCUGGCCAAGGCCAUGGUGAUGCUACUAGAAGUCCUCCUAGAGGCUUUAGAACCACCUGGGAAGCCGGCAUACUUCCACACCUACAAUAGCCUGAGUCUGGAAACUGAUCAUCCGCCGGGUCAGACUUACACCCAGAGCGAUGCCAAGCCCUAUGCCAAAAUCUUAAUGGAUGCCUUGCAGCGCAUCGUGGAGAAGGUGUCGGUGGAUAUAUUCAUGUAUUGGAUGGAGAUACCAUCGCCUUGGACCCUCUACAACUACCAGACCCACAUCUGCCACCAGUCAGCGGAGGUGCUCAAGGCGGUGAAACCGUACCAAGAGCUCUGCAAGCACGAGGUCUGCGCCCAGCUCCUCAACUUUGCCCAGUCGGCUUUAACGUUUGAGGACAUACUGGCGGGCAAGAGCAUCGGUGAGCUGUUGGCCUUCCUCGAUGGCGAUUCGGGACCCGUCACCAAAGAGCAGCUGCUGCUGGGUCUGGAGUGCCUCCUUCAGCGACCGAUUGCCUUGGGCAACGAUGAGUGCGUGGAGACAAUGGCCAAGCAUGUGGGCCUGCUCGGCCUGAAGCAUGCCAAGCUUAUACUCAAGCAUUUGGGUCAAGUCGAGGGCGCCCGAAAGGCGAUGCAAGAUAUAAAGUUGGAGAAAAUGGAAGAGGAGGCCCGAAUGGAUAUAAAGCUGGAGAAAAUGGAAGAGGAGGAGGAGGAGGCGGAGGAGAGCGACGGGGAAGAGCAGGAGGAAUAUUAUCAACUGCUGCACCUGGUUCUCCUGCCCAUAUACUCGCAGUGCCGCCUGCAAGACAAGAUCCUUUUGCUACAGUUUCGCGAUGAGUUGGGCAUCACCAACGCCUUCUUCUUUGCGGCACCCAAUCUUCAGGAGCGUCGCAUCAGCUUCUUCAACAAUCUCAAUAGCCGCAACCGGACCAUAGAGCAUCAGUUACUGAUAUUUUUCUUUGAGGAACCCAACGAAUCCUGGCUGGCCCUGGCCAAGUUGGGUAUGGCACAUGCCCGAUUCUCCGACUACUUUUGGCACAUGGCCAUGCACUGUGCCCAGCACGCGGUCCACCAGAUGGCUUACUUGGCCAACCAGCUGCUAACUGAUGAUAACGCCCUGCUCAAGGGCAACGCCUCGAGCUUCCUGCUCUCCCUCUACGUCCAUCCAUUGAUCCUGAACGGACUGAUCAAGCUGCGGGCCAAUAUCUAUCGUGUGAGCCUGCGCCAUAACAUUCUGCCCUAUAGCCUGGAGCAGCUCAGAGCUGCCCAAUCUGACUUUCUCGUGGCCUGUGGCGCUGGCCUGUAUGAAUUUGCUGCGAACCUAAAGUAUACCAUACUGCGACGCAUUCUGCAGCUGCUCAGGCAGCUGAAAGUCGUUGAGCAGGAGAUUCAGGUCUGCGGUCGUCGGCAGCUGCUGCAGAUGCACCGAGAGUGCUGGCGCAACUCCAAAGCCGAGGAGGCUGUGCUCCAGGCCCUGAACUAUGUGGAUAUGCACCGGCACCUGCCCAAGUGGCGCCAGGCUCACAUACCGCUAGCCACACAGCUUCUGGCCUCCAUCGAUGCCCUACGCUACACUAUGACCUCCUUUGAUUGGGAGCGCGUGGAUCUGCUCGGCGAGGCGGUGAGCUAUUGGCGGGAGAAUACCAAUAGUCUAAUGUUCCUCAAUACAGAAUUUCGCGAGAAGCUUGAUGCUUGUGCCGCAUACUUGCAACACCAGGAGUUCCUCACUGCCGAGCUGCCGCCGCCGGAUGAUCCCAACUACCGGCGCGAGUUUAUACGCUGGGUGACGCAGGCCAGCGCCCAUGAAGCCACCACUCUCUUUCGCCAAAGCAUCGCGUCGCGCAGCGAUUAUGUUAUCUUCUUUGAUCUCGCCAAGGCCGUGGAACACGACAAUUGCAAGAACUCAAAUGAGGCCUACAUAUUCCUCUUUGGCUGCUACGUGAAUGCCUGCAUUGGGUGCACACGUGGCCGCAAGGGCAGUUCCAAGAAGCGGGAGCUGGGUCAGCGCCUGGCAUUGAUUGCAGGCGGUUCGCCGAAGGGAACACUGUCGGAAGUGAGGCAGAAGAUGGCCCUAUACACCGCCAGCGGCAAGAAUAAAUCCGGAUAAAGCAUUUUGCCACAUUAUCUGAUAAUACUCCAUAUCCUUUGAAAGGAUACGAUUAAGU